AUUUGUUUGCCAUGGAAACGGAUAUGAUACCAAAAUUCUCCUCAAAAGAUGAGGAGAUUGACUUCUGGAAGGCUCUUUCCCUCAAGUACAAGAACAGCUGCCAGGAGGCUCAGGAGGAGCUGCUGGAGUUUCAGGAAGGCAGCAGGGAGCUGGAGGCCGAGCUGGAGGCACAGCUGGGCCAGGCCGAGCAUCGUAUGAAAGACCUGCAGUCCGAGAACCAAAGACUCAAGAACGAGGUCGAAACGCUCAAGGACAAGCUGGAGCAACAGUACUCUCAGAGCUACAAGCAGAUCUCCAUGCUGGAGGACGACCUCGGGCAAACACGCAGCAUCAAGGAUCAGCUCCACAAAUACGUCAGAGAGCUCGAACAGUCCAAUGAUGACUUGGAGAGAGCCAAAAGAGCCACAAUUGUGUCUCUGGAGAACUUCGAGCAGCGUCUGAACCAGGCCAUCGAGAGGAACGCCUUCCUGGAGAGUGAGCUGGAUGAGAAGGAGUCGCUGCUGGUCUCCGUGCAGAGAUUAAAGGAUGAAGCCAGAGACUUGAGGCAGGAGCUUGCCGUCCGAGAGAGGCAGUCAGACGUGAGCAGGAUGUCGGCUCCAAGUUCGCCCACGCAGGACAACGAGAAGAUGGACACGGCGGUGCAGGCCUCUCUCUCUCUCCCUGCCACCCCACUGAGCAAAGGUCUGGACAACGCCUUUGCCAACCCAACAGUGCUUUCAAACGGAUAUGGCAGCAACUCUCCAUUGACUCCUUCCGCCAGGAUAUCGGCUCUCAACAUCGUCAGUGAUUUACUUCGGAAAGUAGGGGCUCUGGAGUCCAAGCUUGCCGCUUGCAGAAACUUCGCCAAGGACCAGAGAGCGAGGAAGGCGUACGCUCUCGACAACAGCAACGCGCUGAACGCAAACACAGCCAGCUACGGCCAGCCCCUCCAUACGUCAUAUUUUGACAAAGCAGUAUGUGAUGACUCAGCAGGAGAUAUGGACGAGUAUCUGAGACCUGUGUGCAUUUUUUCCCCCAGCAGGACAGAGAUGGUCACAUUCCCUGCAUUGAUUUUGGCAGGACCGUGAACGGACUGAAACCUGGUGCCCUGACAGCCAUCACCACCCCUCCUGCUGCCUCCUCCCCAGGCUUAGUGCCCCUCACUGUGUGACAGUAGCCCCCCCAACACACCCAAACCUUAUAAAACCCAACACGCCUGCGUCCUGCAGUUGGAAAAUCACAUCUAAAAAAAGAGACACAACACAAAUGGCUAAUACUGUAAAACCCUGUCGACGUACCGUUAUCCCCCCUCGUCUCCUCACACUGUUGUUCUGACACUUGUGCUUCAUUCCUGCUGUAAUCGAAGGUCCCUGUCUCUAUAUAUUUCAUGUGUUACUGUAUCUUUGCUCACUGGCUCGUACAAAGAUGGCGCCCCCAUCUUCUUGUUUAAAGUUUC